AUGGGGUCUAUUACCAGCGAUGUGAGCUUGGAAACAGACUAUGCUUUUACUGUCUACCGCGGCACAUUCAUUCAAUCAAUCCUGUCAGACUCGAACUCCAAGCCUAAAUUGUCUCGCAAUCAAGGCGCAUUAUGGGUCUCUGCUGUUGAUGGCCGCAUUCAAGGUUGGGACUGGCAUGCCGGUGAUGAGAAUGGAUUCACUAAAUUGAUGCGCCGGAGUGGGUGGGUUGAUAUCGACGCUGUUGAGGCCCAGGGGCAAGUCAAUGGUCAUGGUUCGAACAUCAGAGUGAAGAUUGUUACCGCAAACGAGGAACAAAACGAGUUCUUCUUCCCCGGUUUUAUUGACACCCACAUCCAUGCCCCGCAAUACCGUAACGCGGGCCUUUUCGGCUCAUCAACACUUCUAGACUGGCUAGAGACAUACACAUUCCCAGUAGAGUCACGCUUCGGGUCCGCACCAGACCCAAAAACAGGACACCAAACCCAAACCGACCCCAAAGACACACCACUCCCAGCCCAGCAAAUCUACGACCAAGUAAUCUCCCGCACUUUAUCCCAUGGAACAACCUGUGCCUCCUACUAUGCAACAAACCACGUCCCAGCCACAAACGCCCUCUCAUACCUCUGCCACACCCGCGGCCAACGCGCCUUCAUCGGCCGCGCAUGCAUGGACAACCCGGACUUCUGCGUAGACUACUACCGCGACUUCAGCGCAGAAGACUCCAUCGUCGCAACCCGCCAGACAAUCGAAUACAUCCACACCCUGGACCCAGAAGGAAAGCUCGUGAAGCCGAUUAUCACACCGCGCUUCGCGCCCUCAUGCACGAGACCCGCGCUACAGAGCCUCGGCGAACUAGCAGCAAGCUACUCGCCCACACUGCAUAUCCAGACGCAUAUCUCGGAGAACGUCAACGAGAUCGCGCUCGUCAAGGAGCUCUUCCCUGAGGCAGACAGCUACGCCGCCGUGUAUGAUAAAUACAACUUGCUGACACCGCGCACGAUCCUCGCGCAUGCGGUGCAUCUCACGGCAGAUGAGCGUUCUCUGAUCCGCGCGCGUCAAGCGAAGAUCUCGCACUGUCCGGCGUCGAAUUCGGCGCUGGGGUCUGGGAUUUGUCCUGUUAGGACGCUGCUUGACGAGGGGAUUACAGUUGGGCUAGGGACGGAUGUUAGUGGGGGUUAUAGUCCUAGUAUUCUUGAGGCGGCGCGGCAGGCCUGUCUUGCUUCGCGGUUGCUGGGUCAAUCUUCUGCGUGGCAGAGGGAUCAUCCGAAGGGUGUUGAUGGGCGGGAGAAAUUGUCUGUCGAGGAAAGUCUUUACCUUGCUACGCGUGGUGGAGCGGCGGUUGUUGAUAUGGCGGGUGAUGUUGGUGGGUUUGAUAUGGGGAUGUUGUGGGAUGUGCAGUUGAUUCGGCUUGGUGGGGUUGAGUUGGUGGAAAGGAGUCCGCUGGAUUUUGCUCCUGGUGAUGGGAGUGCGGAUCUUGUGAAGGCUGGUCCUGUGGGGAAUGUUGAUCUAUUUGGGACGGAGAGUUGGGAGGAGAAGAUUCAGAAGUGGGUUUGGAGUGGUGAUGAUCGGAAUGUGAAGGCUGUCUGGGUUGGGGGGAGGUUGGUCCAUUCAAGGGUUUGA